AGCCUGUUGACGAGCUGUCCACUCCAGUUUCUUCCAGUAAUUUACCACUAAAGGCAGUGGAUCUAGCCGGGACAGCACCUUCCCGAGGCCCCAGCAUAACUUCUGGAGUGGGGGAGCCCUCCAAGCAAUGCUCCUCUAUUAGAGGCUGUGGAGUGCCAGGUCAGGGAAAGUGGGUGCACCCUUAGGAGCUUCAACUGGGAUGGGAUGACAAGACCAGGGAGGAGGGAUGUCACAGCGUGAUGGGAAGGCUCUGAGGGGGAAAUGAAAUUGCUGGUAACACCUGAAUUGCCUGACCUGAAGGUCUGGUCCCCUGAGGCUCACACCGAUCCGCAUGCCCUAGGGUAGUGCUUUACCUAAGGUCCCCGCGCAGCCUCAGUUUCCUCACCUGUGAAGAGCGGAGUUGGGCCUAGCUUCUGGCUCCACUUUGCACACCUGUCAGCCAGAACCUGGAGCGCCACCCAAGGCGCUCUGGCCCGCGGGCCGGCGGAGAAGGAAAGGGCCUGGGAGAAUAAGGCCCAGCGCCCAGGUCCCCCCUGCCGGCCACACCGCCGGCUCCGGAGCGGCCGCGGCCGCUUUAAGGCGCGGUGACCCCACGGCCCCCGCGGGCGGGGCGGGGACAUGUGGGCGUCCCGGCACCAGCGGAGGCGAAGGCGAGGGAGGGAGAGCUCGGCGUCCGGCCCCACCAUGCUGAUCGCGCCCGCCCCGCCGGCCCUGCCCGGGCUCGCAGGUCAGCUGCCCUCAGCCCCCGCGCGGCGCCAGGACUCCUCCGGUUCAUCAGGCUCUUACCACACGGCGCCGGGCUCUCCGGAGCCCCCGGACGCCGGGCCGGACGCGGAGGGCCGGGCACAUUGGCCCUGGGUGGCCCCUGAGCUGGGGGUGGGGGAGCAGCUUCGCCUGUCCAUCAGCGCCCAGAAUAGCCGCCAGCAGCUCCAGCCCGGCUCGGGUUUCCCGCGAGGCCCGGGCGCCGGCCCGCGGCCGCCCCAGCCCCAGCCCCGGCCCCAGCCCCGGCCCCAGCUGCGCAUGCUGCCGUCGGGGGAGAUGGAAGUCAUCUUCGGCGCCGGGGCCCUGUUCGGCCCCUCGGACUCGGCGGACACGGAGGUGCAGCAGCUCACGGCGCGGGCUCUCCACGGCCUCUCCCCGCCGGCCUCCCCCGCCCCCGCCGCCCCGCAGCCCCCGCCCCCCGACGGCGGCUCCCGCUGGGCCACCUACCUGGAGCUGUGGCCCCGCGGGCCGAGUCCGGCCGCCCCGGCGCAGUUCGAGUGCGUGGAGGUGGCGCUGGAGGAGCGGGCCCUGCCCGCCAGGUCGCGGACGGUGCCCAAGCGACAGAUCGAGCUGCGCCCCCGGCCGCCCCGGAGCCCUCCGCGGGAGGAGGAGGCCCCGCGCCCGCGCCCGCUGCUGCGCACCGGCUCCCUGGACGAGUCGCUGGGCCGCCUGCAGGCCGCCGCGGGGCUGGUGCAGACGGCGCUGGCCAGGAAGCUGGGCCCCGCGGCCGCCGCCCCCAGCGGCGCCACCUGCAGGCCCGCGGAGCGGCCCGAGCCCGAGCCCCGGCAGCCGGCCCGCGGCCCCCGAGCGGCCCCGGAGGACGGCCGGUCGCGCCCACCCCGCCUGCACUGCGGCUCGGCCCCCGCCCGGGCCCCGCGGCCCUGGCCCAGCCUCCGCGAACGGGCGAUCCGUCGCGACAAGCGCCCCGGGACGGAGCCCCUGGGCCCGGUGAGUUCCAGCAUCUUCUUGCAAUCGGGGGAGAAGACCCAGGAGGCGCACCACCAGGACCCCAAAACCCGGUUCCCAGGGGAGACCCCGGAUCGGACCGUCCCGAGGCCUCUCGAGGCCAGGGACCCUCGGGGAGUUCCGAGUCAGGCUGUGCGGCCGAGGAGCCCCUCCCCGCGGAGGCAGGCCCCGAAUGGAGCCCCGCAGGGCGCUCACUGCCCAGCUCCCCGGAACCUGUCCCCGCGGAACCGGGCUGAACCCCCCGCGUGGGAGAAGCAGGAUCCCGCCGUCGAGGAAGCCGUCAGCAGGAGCCCUUCCCCUCCAACCCCUUUCCAAUGGAAUCCGGGUGCCGCCGCCGAGGCAAGAAGCCCGCCCGCUGGAGCGCCUUCGCGGUGGGAGGCUCAGCAUCCCGCACUCGGAGCUGCGGGAGAGGGGAGCAGGAGCCCGACCCCGCCGGCCUGGUCCUCCUGGGAGGCCCCAGAUCGUCCCACUGGGCCAUGGAGUCCAUCGCCCCAAGAGAGGUGGGGCCCCCCAAUGCAGGGUUCCCCGAUAGUCUCUCCGCAGGACGCUUUGAACGGCGUCGUCCACGGGGAGCCGGCGCCGCCGACACCGCCCGCACCCAGGACCCCGGAGCUCGCAGAGGCUCAGGGUCCCUCCGCACGGGGCGCUCCGGGUCUCGCCUUCCCAGAAGGCCAGCCGCUGCCCCUCGGCCGCCUCACGGGCGCCCUGGACUCGGAUGUGCCCCCAGAAGCCCUGGGCCCCGGACCAGCGGCCCCCGGGCGCCCGCGCGUGGCCAUCCCGCGGCCCCGCGACCUGCGCAAGAUGGUGAAGACCACGUACGCGCCCAGCUUCCCGGCGGGAGCCCCCGGCUCCGGGCCGCCCGCGCCCGCGGCGGACCCCGCGGAGGAGCCCCGCCCGGAGCCGGAGCUCCCGGUGCCGGGGACCCCCGCCCCGGCUCACUACACCUCCGUGUACCUCAAGGACUUCCUGCCGGUCGUGCCGCACCCUUACGAGCCCCCGGAGCCGCCCCCCAGCGCAAACCCUCGGGACGCUCCGCAGCCCAACGGGGCCCCGCGGCGGAGGGCGGAGAACAGCACGGCCAAGCCCUUCGCGCGCACGGAGAUCCGCCUGCCGGGGGCCUCGGCCGCGGGCCACGGGCCGAAGGAGCCCCGGGGCGGCCUGGUGCGCGGUCCCGGGGACGAGAACCGGGUCGUGGAGGCCCAGCGCCUGGCCUCCGACGGCGAGGGUCCGAUCAGCCCUGUAGGGGGCGCGCUCUCCUUACCCCAGCGGCCGACCCUAGGGCCAGCGGGGGCCCACCCAUCCGGACCCUCCCGCCCCAGCUCCCCUCAGGCGCACCCUGGCUCGAGCCCGGGGAGAGCACCCAAACUGGAGACUCCUCCUCCUCCCGUCCCCCAGCCAGCCACGGCGGCCCAGGCGCCCCGCCCGCGGGAGCCCCCGGCCUGGGCGGGCAGGACGGCCCCGCCCCAGCCCCGCGCGGCCUCGGCGCCCCCUCUGGACCGGCCCCCGGAAGGCCCCUCCCCGGGGGCGCGCAGGCCGGCCGGGGCCGCGAACACCGGGAAGGUGCUGGUGGACCCCGAGAGCGGCCGCUACUACUUCGUGGAGGCGCCGCGGCAGCCUCGGCUGCGGCUGCUCUUUGACCCCGAGAGCGGGCAGUACGUGGAGGUGUUCUUGCCGCCCUCGCCCCCGGGGCCACCCCGACGCCUCUACACCCCGCUGGCCCUGAGUCCCGGCCUCUACCCGCCCGCUUAUGGGCCUCUCCCUGGCCUCUCCCUGCCACCCUCCCCGGGCCCGCCGGCCUACGGCGGCACCCAGCUCCCCUGGGCGUCCGAGGCGGGGCCCCCGGAGAGGAUGUACUACCUGCCGGUGAGCGGGACCCCCAGCCCCGCGCCGCCUCUGCUCCUCUGCGCUCCCCCCACCGGCGUGGGCCCCGCCCAGCCUGGCAAGAGCUCCCUGUUCCCUGUGUGAGGCCCCCCGGGGCCUGAUCCCCAUGGUGAUGGGGCCUGAGGGUGGCUUUUAAGGUUCAGGCAUCCAGUCAGUCCCUGCCCUUUUCUCUCACUUUUUUUUACCCAUCUCAUCUAGUCCCGAGACCGGAAAUUAUCUUCAGAGAAGGUACCUGAGACCCCGGGCGGGGGCUGAUGGAACUGGAUCUCGGGAAGUGACUGCCUUCUUUCUACAACAUUUUACACCCCUUUCCCAAGCAUUCCCACGAGUGUGGUGUGUUUGAGUGUGUCUGUGUGUGUAAAAGUGAGGCGUCUCAGGAUUUGUCCCCAGGAACUGACCUGAAGAGUGGUUGGGGUUCCCUAGGAGCAGCAGGGGACCGGGCUGCCCCCAGAGGUAGUAGCUGUCUGCCCCUCCCUGAAAGGUGGGCCCAGGUGAGGUGGAGCAGGCUAGUGAGCACCAGGGGGAUGGAGGGAGGACUCUGGCCGUCAAAUCUGUUAUUCUUCGGAGGAAGAUCUAAGCCUUGGCCUGGGAGGCUGAGGUGGCAAGUAGCUAGUGCAGCCAGGCCAGGCUGAGUCUGAGAAAGGGAGCUGUGGGGACCAGCAGGUGAAGGGGAAGCAGGGAAGUAAUAAAGGAGGGGCUGUGGAGGGUCAGCCUGGGAUAUGGGGGUACUUGGAGGGAGGUGGGGAAGUGACUGCAGUCCCUACCUGGGAGCUCUGUCCUUUAUUCUCCCCUCAACCCCAACCUCUGACUUGGCUUCUCUAAGCCCUCAGAGCCAGCCUGGCUCUUCCUGGUGCCAGGAAAGGGGGCUCAGUCAUUCCCAUCCUGGGUGGGGAGCAGAGUCAUCAGGAAGGACUUACAAGCAGGGAGAAUGGCUAAGCUGUUGUCCCAGAGGAGCCUCUGGGUGAGGUAGAGGGUUGGUUAAGGCUGGCAGUAGAAAGGAUGCCUCUGUGGGGGGCAGGCCAGAGAAACUUGGACCCCUCCGCUGGUGUUACUGCCCCAGUAACAGGUGUGGCAGCCGUGCCCAGCGAGCACAGUAAAGGACAGGACCAGAGCAUGUGUUCCAAUUGCCCCAAGAGUCCCAGAGCCUCUGAGAGGGCGGAGGGAGGUACAUGGAGGGAGCAGGAGGUGCUUUGCGUGGGUUCAGUGUGAAGUUGUAAGCUUGACGUGCCUGGGCCUUGCCGGACAAGUGUGUGAUGUGACGAGUUUGGCCGUCAGAAGAGUGGCCGUCAGAAGCAGUGUUAGAGACGGAGAUGGAUGCCGUCCUUCAGUUCCAUGCCCCUGGGGGCCCGAGUCCUUUGGAGUCCCUACCCCCCUGCCUUGAACUGGAAGCUGACUGGGAGAACUAUGAGCCAGAUAAGCCUGGACAUCUUUUUAUAGUUGGAGACGCUGUUUCCAAUAGCAUGGAGGGCCCUGGGCUCGUCACCUCAUCCUGGUGAGCAAUAAAUCACGGACCCAAUGAGCUACAAUGGCU